UUUUCUUCAACAUUGGGGUUCUUCAUCUAAAGCAUGGAUGGCAGGCAGGUACUGCUACCCACGUUUCAGGAUGAGAAGGUCCUGUGCCAGCUGGAGGAGGGAGGAGCCCAGCAGCCUGAGACCAGUGAGCUCCCUGCAGACACUAGGUGGCGUCAGAGAGGAAGGAGCAGAGGGUGUCUGCCUCCCUGUGUUCAGCUUCCAGCUGAGUCUGCAGAGCAGUGGGGGCCAUGGUCCAGUGAUCCCUGCAGAGUCCGGAGCUCCUCCCUCAGGUGGGUCACAGGUCUGGUUCUGUUCAGUCCUGAUUCUUCCAGUAAGGGCUCCACCUCCCACACCGAUGCUGAGAACCUCCCAAAGUGCCUCCACCUAGGGAACGCCCCGGACUGCUUGCCCAGUGGUAAUUUGAGCCUGUGCAACUGCCAUGCCCAGGGCAGGCAGUCCUGCUUCCAUGGAAUGUGCUCUCCGUGCCCACUGACCCUUGGUCAUUCGGGCUUCAGGCUGCUGACUCUCAGCUGGAACUUGAAGAAACACCAUCUAGUUAAUGGCCAUUGCUAUGGAGGAAGCAAAGUCCCCUGGAGGCCAGCCCUGGAUGGCUUUCCAGCCCAAGAGGUCAAAGUGGAAACUGUGGUGAUCUGGAGGUGGUAUUGGUGCAGUGACAAUUCAGUCAUGGAGGAAACUUCAGGGACCAUGAUGGCCUUGGAGGCAGCUAUGGUGAUGGAUUCGGUGGCAGUGGAGAUGGUUCUGAUGGAUUUGGUAACGAUGGGAGCAUUUUUGGAAGCGGUGAGAGCUAUGAUAAUUUUAGCAAGUCAAAUAUCAACCUUCAAGUUUUGGAUCCAUAAAGGGAAGAAACUUCGGAAGUGA